GUGUUACAGCUGGACUGAAGAGGAGAGACCUGGUGAAAUAUUGUUCAUAUUGGGGUUAGCAAAAACAUAACUGGGCCAGCUAAUCCUUUGAAAGUAAAAAGUUAUUUUUUUCCUCCCCACAUUUUGUGUAGAAUUGUGAUGGCCGCGGUCGACAGUUUCAUGCUUUUGUAUAGAGAAAUUGCCAGAUCAUGCAGUUGUUAUGUAGAAACACUGGCACUGGUGGGUGCAUUUUACACAGUCAGCAAGGCUGUUGUAUUUGUGAGGGACUGUUAUAGCCUGAUAAGACAUCACAUUAUUCCUCGUCUUGUCUGCCAUAGAGAUCUGAGUCAGCAGUAUGGACAAUGGGCUGUCAUUUGUGGUGCUUCAGAGGCAGUAGCAAAAGCAUAUGCAGAAGAACUGGCCAGACAUGGCAUCUGUGUGAUUCUGAUCAGCAAUGACAUCAGUAAUGUGGCUGACACUGCCAAGGCUAUCACAGACAAUUACGGGGUAGAGGCCAUUCUAAUUGAGGCCGAUUUCUCUCAGGGGCCAUCUGCCUGCAAACCUAUCAAAGAUGCUAUCUGCGGUAAAGACAUUGGAUUCAUCAUUAACAGUCUGGAUGGGUCUCUGAGUCUAGACCUCUCUCAAGACUUUAUUGACCUCUCUGAAGCUAGAGUGUGGGACACUAUGAAUAGAAAUAUAGUAGCUGCCACACUUGUAACCCGCCUGGCACUGCCCACUAUGGUAGAGAGUGGAAAAGGAGCAGUGGUCAACAUUUCCAUUGGGGGCUGUUCACGUCCGACUCCUAGAAAAGCUGCCCUCUCUGCAUUUACGGCCUUUCUUGAUAACUUCAGUUGUGCGCUAAAUUAUGAAUAUGGUCAUCGAGGAAUCUUCGUGCAGAGUUUGCUGCCUUUUAGAAUUGCAUCUCAAAGAUCUGAUGGCUCCGGUGUUGCUGGCUGGCUGGUGCCAAGUCCUCAAGUAUAUGCAAGCCAUGCUCUUUCAACCCUGGGCGUCUCUCACAGAACUACAGGAUACUGGCCUCACACCAUGCAGUUUCGACUGGUGCAGUGCAUCCCAGAGUGGGCAUGGAUACUGGGAUCUCGUGUGUUCACACAGGCCAUCUGAGAGGAUCUCUUGCUUUCGAUGUGAAAAACUUCCUGGUUCUUGAAAUUGGUUUUGUAGAUUUCAGUUUUAUAGUGACCAGACAUUACAUUUGACCAUCAUUGUACAUGAAUGAUGAAAGUGUGUUGAAACCACUCACUCUUUACCCUAUCAUACUGAGUUAUGAGUUUAAGACCUCAGAAUUUCAGUAUAUUUGUUUGCACAGUAUGUUUGGUAGAGUUUUCAAAGUGGUUCGGGUCAUGAUUUUAAAACUCCAUUAGACUGGUAAUUCUAUAAUGUUUUUGCACUGUUGUUUUUUAAGCUUUAAUCCACAAUUUAUAUAUUUGCAAAGAUCAUAUAUUUAAAGGAAUAUUCUGGGUUUAAUAAAGUUAAGUUCAGUCGAGUGUAACACAAUCAUGUAUUAACAUUUUCUGGGUAAAGUUAUAGCAAAUUUUACGUCUUUGUUGUACGAUGUAAUGUCAACAAAUCCUAAAAUGACUGUAAAAAUUACAAUUUAAACUAUUUUACAGCUCAAAUAAUACAUGAUGUUUAACAGAAUAAUUAAUAUAAGUUAACUAUAAUGAACAAUAGUAUAAGUUAACAUUAACCAAGAUUAAUAAAUAUGUAAAACAAUGUUCAUUGUUGGGUCAUGAUACCUAAUACAUUAACUAAUAUUAUCUUAUACAAAUUUAUUGUAAAGUUUUACUGAAAAAAAUAUAUUUAAUACAUGUAUUAUUUAUUUGAACUACUAGAGUUUUUCGAGUAUACUGGCUAUACUCUGCAGUGAUUUUUAUAUAUACAUACACUCACCUAGAACUUUAUUAGGAACACCUGUACACCUACUUAUUCAUUUGAUUAUCUAAUCAGCCAAUCAUGUGGCAGCAAUGCACUGCAUAAAAUCAUGCAAAUAUGGGUCAGGAGCUUCAGUUAAUGUUCACAUCAACCAUCACAAUAGGGAAAAUUGGUGGCAUGAUUGUUGGUGCCAGACAGGCUGGUUUGACUGGUAUAACUGCUGAUCUCCUUGGAUUUUCAUGCACAACAGACACUAUAGUCUCUAGAGUUUACUCAGAAUGUUGCCAAAAACAAAAAACAUACAGUCAGCGGCAGUUCUGUGGACAGAAACAUAUUGUUGAUGAAAAAGGUCAACGGAGAAUGGCCAGACAGGUUUGAGCUGACAGAAAGGCUACAGUAACUCAGGUAACCACUCUGUACAUUUGUAGUGUGCAGAAUAGCAUCUAAGAAUGCAAACACAUCGAACCUUGAGGCGAAUGGCCUACGACAGCAGAAGACCAUAUUGGGAACUAUUUUUAGGACCAUACUGUUCCUAAUAAAGUUCUAGGUGAGUGUAUGUAUAUAUAUAUAUAUAUAUAUAUAUAUAUAUAUAUAUAUAUAUAUAUAUAUAUAUAUAUAUAUAUGUGUGUGUGUGUGUUUUGCAUUGUGUAAGCAGUGGUUGGUUAUUGCAUUGUUACUCAUUUAGCAAUUGAAACUAUGAAAUCAUCAAUAAAAAGCCUACUACAAUCUAACGUUUUGAGGAAACUUCGUUUUACUUUGAUAUAUCAGUGUUCAGCACUUACUGUUUAGUUAAAUAUAGUAAGCUAUUGUGUUGGAUUUGCUAACUUCAGUGAAAUAAUUUUUUAUUAGUUCAGUCCAAGAACUUAAUGUGUAUAUAUAUUUGUUUUGUUGUAGAAACUCUAGUCAUGUUGAUAGCCUGUGCUAUCACAAAUGCUGGGAUAAGAAGGUCAAAUGUGGCGUCUAAACUUGCCAAGAACACAUAACACACUCUCCUCACGUAAUCUCACUCAUAUCGGAAUUACAAAACGUUAACUGCACUUUUACACUUUGACGAAGCAUAGAAUUUUUUCAUCAAUGGAUUCUUCUAGUUAAGCCCAUUAUAAAAUCAUUUCAGAAGUAGAUUCAAUUGGAAUCAAGCUUUACGAAUAACUUUUAUACUAAAAAGGAAUAGUUAACCCAACAUUUAUAUUUGGUCAUUUUCUCACUCUUAUGUUGUUCCAAACUCCCCUGACGUUCUUUCUGCUGCAGAACA